UGACCCAUGUAGUUGUUUAUGACCUUAAUAACCUUACAUGUGUAUUAGUUUAAUGUAAACUAAACAGUUUUUCCUUUAUUGAAAAAUAGGUGGUCCAUUUUUGGACCACCGGUCCUCAAAGGGUUAAGAGAGAGUUCCUGCCUGAGUGACAGCAUGAUUUGAUGCUUAUGUUGUUCAUCUCGUACUUCAAAGAUGCUGUGUUUGAACUCUCCCUCCGCGCCGACAAGUCAUGUAAUAAAUCUUGGGCAAGUUACAUACAGUACUGGUCACAGUUAUAGGGACAGGGGUUCAAAUCUACUUGUCUCCGAAUAGGUGAUUCUGGACAUUUUGGUACAAAAAAGUUUGAAAAAUGAUCUGAAUUCUAGAUCAUAGACUUCUAGAUCUAGAUUUGAAUUUAGAAUUAAGUUUUACUGACUAAGCCAAAAUGGCUUAAAAACAUUGAAUCAGUUCACUUUUUAUGCUGCAAAAGCAAAGACACCAUGUGGGGCCAAUUUUUUGAUAACAGAUGCGAAUAGAAGAGACUUUUCUUUCAAAAUGAAAUGUUUCUAAGCUGCGGGGGGUUGCGAAACGAAGGAGAACAGUUAGGAAUCAACGAAGAUGCCGCUUUCUUUUUUAGUAAAAACGCACAGGAAUGGCUUGAAAUGGUGUUUUUCUCCUAUUCAAUUUUGACACGUAGGCUUCUAUGUAUCUAUGUAAGUUUCGAGCCAAACUAAAAUUGUUUUGUACAAAAAUAAAUAAAACUCAAUAUCGUUCCAAUAAUUAUGUCUAGGCAAAAAUCAUCCGUUUUUGAUAAAACUAUAUUUUUCUCAAACUUGUCGCAUUGAGCAAAUCUGAUUUCAUAUUCGGGUAGAGCACACUCGAAUCCAUAGAGUCACAUAGACUUUUCCUUAUUCAAGCCUGUAUAUUAGUCAGGGGAACAGAGACAAGUAGAUUUGAACCUUUGUCCCCUAUAAUUGUAACUAGCACUGUAUGUCUUAGUACGUUGGAGCAUCCGUCCGACAGCAUAAUUAUUCCGUUGUGAGAUACAAUAUAGUUCAUCCGGUCUCUUGGUGUUAUACAGCCUGUUCGUCAGGAUUUUUUUAAACCUUUUUGAAAAGCAAAGGUGUAUGAUUUGUGCUAAAAUUAUUAAAAUUCUGAAGGUAGGAACUGGUGGUACUAUGUUGUUUUUUAUAUCCAGCUCAACCCGGACGGUUCGUUAACGAUCACCUAUAAAAAAAUACGUAAACGGUGUAAAAACGGCCUAGAAACGGUCCAUUAACAUCAUUGUAAAUCGGCCGUUUUGGGAACGUCAGUUAAUAGUCUAAAAGCGGAUCGUUCCCUGGUGUGUCCAGGCAUAGUCUAUGCUGUAUACUGUACCCUAGUGAAACUUCUGGCAAGCAAGAUCUUCACUCCUUGAACAUGUUUAAGAACGAGCUUAUGAUUCUAUAUGAUGGUAUAUCUGAUAGCUAUAACUGUCAUAAAUGAAACCACAACAUAAAGACAAUCUUGGGUACAAGAAGUUUCAUUAAACUAACUAUACGGACCGUUUUUAGACCAUUUUGUCGACAAGUUAUUCACCUUUUUUAUUUUGCUAUCACUACUAUAGUAGUACUACUAUAAUAUAUGUACAACAGUGACUUUUUUCGAAUAACUUAAUUUUUCCUUUCCUCGUAUAUACUAGUAAAUGGAACUUGAUUAGAGGAAGUGACCCGUAGUCUUGGGCUUAAUACUAAAGAUAGUAGUGUGAUGCUAGGAUUGGUACCAGAAUCGGCACUAAGGACCAAAAAAGCAAAAUGUGCCAUAAACAAUAUUUUGGAGAUAGUUUGUGAAAAAUAAAACUUUUAAAUGCAACAUUCAUAAAACGUUCAUUAACGAUGAAAAAACAGUCUAUAAAAAAGAUCGUAAACGAAUCAUUUUUUAAUCGUAAAACGACAUAAAAAUGGUGUAAAAACGGCCUUGACGGUCUAAAACGAUCUGUUAAUCGUCAGUUAACGGCCCGUUAAUGACAUCUUUUUCAUGGACCUGGGUAUUGUCAAUAGCAGAGUUGUGAAGAGAGUCGUCACUUCUAAUGAAUUCCGUUUUAACUUAACGCUUCUAUUUUUCAAAUAUUCUAAACUUUGUCACAGCAAUUAUGAAAAAUUAUUCGCCACAACAAUUUUUUAGAAUCUAUUUUUGUUGUUUUAGUUACCGAAAGAGAAAUUCGUCUUGCAACUAGUGCUAACAAUCGUGGUAAUAUAAUUGGAAUCAUACGAGAGUUUGAUAAUCAGUCAAUUGAAACAAAUCUAGACGCAAAAUUUUUUGAUGCUAACAAGACUGAAUCGAUACCCAAUUUAAAGCAAUUUUGUUUGGAUGUUACUCCUACAUCAUGUCUAAAACUUUUUAAAGUACCAUGGAAAUCUGGUGGAAUUAAUAUUUCCACGUGUCGUGAUCAUGAGAAAUAUAUUGAUGAUUUCUGUUUGUACCUGCAUCAAACGAUCUUGGAACACGUUAAAAAAACGUGUGCCAACAGUACAACAAUUCAUCCAUUUUACGAAGAAUUAACACAUCAUGCUGUAUUUUGCAUAGAAAAAACGACAAUAUUUUUCGGUCGUGAAGAACUGAUGCAUAAUAUCAAACAUUAUAUCGAAAAUGUUGAUUCAAGUAGAAAAACGGUAUUAGCAGUGGUUGCUGAUUCAGGUGGAGGAAAAACAUCAUUGAUGGCUAAGUUAGCACGAAAGAUUCAUGAUUGGUACCCCUCUGGCGCUGUUAUCAUUCGUUUUUUGGGUACAUCAGCUGAAUCUACAACAAUCGAUUCUGUUUUGCGAUCUUUGUGCAUUCAACUAACACUUAUCUACAAUGAAUCUGAAUUAAGCGAUGAUGAAGUACAAACAUUUUCAUCUCUUGUCACUACAUUUCAUAAUCUUUUAAAAACAAUUUCUAAGAAAAAACGUUCAUGUCCAAAACCAUUGUUUAUAUUGUUAGAUGCUAUUGAUCAAUUAGAAAAUACAUUAAAUGUAUUUUUAUUCGAAUCGUGGUUACCUCGUCUAUUACCAAAAGAUAUAUUUAUCAUUAUAUCAUUUAUACCAUCGCAAAGCCAAUUUAAUUUACAAAAAACAUUUUUAAAUCAUAUUAAGCAGAAUGAAGACACAGUUUUAUUUGAAUUACCUAAAUUAAAAACAAAUGAUUGUAAAAGUAUUAUUGAAACAUAUCUAAAACAUUGGAAUCGACAAUUAACCACCACACAAUAUGAUUACGUUUUGCAAAGGGUUCAAUCAAAUCCAACGCCAUUGUAUUUAAAAUUGUUGUUAGAUUUAGCGAGAACAUGGACACAUUUUCAAAAUCUAGAUAUAAAACAAACUGUCGAAUUCCCGUUAACGAUCGAAGAUGCUGUAGAGCAAUUAUUUAUACGAUUGGAAUUGAAAUAUGGUCAAAUUUUUGUCCAAUACUCGUUAGCUUGUCUAUGUUAUUCAUUGAGCGGGGUCACUGAAAACGAAUUAGAAGAUUGUUUAUCGAUCAACGAUCAGGUUAUGAAUGAAAUCUUUAUUCACCAUGAUCCUCCGUUAGCGAAUGCAUUGCACAUACCGUCGUUGAUUUGUCAUUCUCUAUUAUAUUCCAUCAAACAGUAUAUUACGCGAAAACGUAUUCAAGAUAAAAAUGUUAUAUCAUGGUAUCAUCGAAAAUUUUUUGAAGCCAGUACAAAACGAUAUCAGCAUUUAAAAGAUAUUUGUCAUCAAUAUUUCAUUGAUUUAUAUUCAAGUGAUAAUGAAUCAAUAAAAAAGACUAUUGUAUUAGAAAAACGUUUGAAUAAACAAAUUAUUGAUGCAAAUCGUUUAACACUACCUCAACCAACAACAGUAUUAAAUAAACGAAAAUUAAUUGCUUUGCCUUAUCAUUGUCUAGAAAUUAGAAAUGAUCAAUUAUUACGUGAAAAAUGUAUAUUUAAUCUUGAAUUUUUAUUAUGUCAAAUAUCGGGUUUAGGUCAUUAUCAAUUUCUCGAUUAUAUUCGAAAUAUCUUAAAACAUCGACCAACAUGGAACGAUGUUAAAAUGAUCUAUAAAGGUUUUUGGUCAUUAGAUAAUACACUACAAUAUGAAAAAUUUGUUUUAGCAGAGCAAAUAUUAGGUUUUGUUGAUGAUGUAUUAAUGCAAGAUUUUUAUCAAAAAGAAAAUUUAUUAACAAAUUCAGCUAUUUCUGGCACACAAAUGUCACCACAAUUAAAACAAUUAUUAACGGAUUGUAAACAACAUUGUCAGAAUCUUGGGAAAAAAUCAUUUUCACUAAAACCAAAAUAUGCUGGAUUUCCAAAACAAACGGGUGCACUUCAAUGGAGUUUUUCACCUGUAACACAUUUAUUGUACGUUGAUGAAUUUCAUGCUCUAGUCUCUAUUGAUGGUUGGGAGACAAAUGCGGAUGAAAAUCAGGAUGAAAGAAGUUAUAAAUAUGUUACAUCAGUAGCUGUUAUUGAUUUGCAAACAAGCCGAGUAAGUUGUUGA